UGUUUGUGCCGAAAGAUGGUCUAUCCUCUUAAAGUGGUAUGUUCCAGGCUGACUCUCUCUCUUCCUUUUUCUACUGAAGUAGCAGCCAUGAGCAUGCUCAGGCUCCAGAAGAGGCUGGCCUCCAGCGUCCUGCGCUGCGGGAAGAAGAAGGUCUGGCUGGACCCCAACGAGACAAAUGAGAUCGCUAACGCCAACUCCCGUCAGCAGAUUCGUAAGCUGGUUAAAGAUGGUCUGAUCAUCCGUAAACCCGUUACGGUCCAUUCUAGGGCCCGAUGCCGCAAGAACACACUGGCACGCCGCAAGGGGAGACACAUGGGAUACGGUAAGAGAAAGGGUACAGCCAACGCACGUAUGCCAGAGAAACUCUGCUGGAUGCGUCGCAUGAGAAUCCUGCGUCGUCUGCUGCGUCGCUACAGGGAGGCCAAAAAAAUUGACAGGCACAUGUACCACAGCCUCUACCUGAAGGUCAAGGGUAAUGUCUUCAAGAAUAAGCGCAUCCUAAUGGAGCAUAUCCACAAGCUGAAGGCAGACAAGGCCCGCAAGAAGCUCCUUGCUGAUCAGGCUGAGGCCCGUCGUACCAAGACCAAGGAGGCUCGCAAGCGCAGAGAGGAGCGCCUCCAGGCCAAGAAAGAGGAAAUCAUUAAGAACCUCUCAAAGGAGGAAGAGACCAAGAAGUAAUCUGGUUCCUUUUGUACCACCUGACCGUACCACCUGUCGAGUGCUGAUAAUAAAAGAUGUACAUAAAGACAG